CACAUACUCAAGUUAUCUCCCUCUAGCAUGUGGUGGACCGUUCAACACCCUGACACACACAAACACACACACACACACACACACACACACACACACACACACACACACACACACACACACACACACACACACACACACACACACACACACACACACACACACACACACACACACCCAUGACACUUAUACAGACAACAUGCUUCGGAUGAAGACUGAGCCUGAGUAUGAAGAAAAAUCGUGAAUUAUGUUUUUUGCCUGUUUUAGUUGUGGCCUGUCUGGUGUCCAUAAUGGGUGGUUCAUCUCUCCCUAGCCCUAUUCUGAUUGGUCCAGACAAGGCCUACCUGAACUCCAAGGUAGAGUUCCAAUGUAGGUCACCUGGGUCUCCUCCACCAAACGCAUAUGAGCUCCUGAAGGACGGCAACCACCUGGUCGCCACGAGCAACGACCUCCAAGACAACCAAUCGGCUACGUUCUUCCUGAAGAUCUCUGUGACGUCAGAAGGAUCGUACCACUGCAGGGUGACGGCAGGUGGAAACAUGGGCCUCAGUGGAACAGUCCGCCUGCAAGUAGUGAUCCCUGUCUCAGGCACUAUGGUGACCUCUGACCCUGAUCCUCCCAUUCUCUACGAGGGUUUGCGGCUCACUCUCACCUGUGAUGUCACCAAGGGCUCCCACCUCUCCUACACCUGGUUCUACAACAGAGAGGAAGUGAAAUCAUCUCCAACCUCACCUUUGACCCCGCUUCUGUUCUGGCCGGUGGGGAACACGCUGGUGGUGGAGAGGGUCACAGCAAAGCAUGCUGGGAAUUAUUCGUGCAUUGCCGGGACCAGGAUGCAGACCAACAGCAGGUUCUCCAGCAGCAGAGAGGUCACGGUCAGGGUCAAAGCCUAUCUCUCCGUACCCCAAAUAUCCUUCACUAUCUCCAAAGAGGGUUCAAGUUACAGCGGCAAUGUGACCUGCAGGUCAUCAAGGGGAACCCCUCCCGUGACCUUCUACCUCUUCCUUGACGACAAGGAGGUGGGUUCCGACGUGGCAACGGAGUCGCUGGUUGCCUGGUUCCCUGUUGCCAUGGUUCCCGGGAGUGACAUGGGCACGGUGCGGUGUACAGUGGAGAGUGAUGCACAGAGACUGACCAGCAGACCCCUGACUCUGGUAGUGGUCCCAGUAGGAGGCUCACCAAAGGUGGAUGUGGAGUACCUUUACAGGGUUGAUUCCAAGAUGGCCGCCGCUCGUCUCCAAUGCCUCCUGAGCCUCGGGACAUUCCCUUUCUUCUCCUGGUCCCUCAACGGCUCCCUCCUCCUUCACCCCUCCGAGGGAGACUCCUCUCACCCCUCUCACGCCCUGGCGGACGGAGGGCGCACCCUAUUCCUCACCGAGAUCACCCUAGAGGACUCUGGGUAUUAUCGGUGCAGGGCAAGGGACAGUUAUGACGUAACGUCCGCCUGGGUGGAAAGCCAACCUGUCCUUGUGCAGGUCACAGAAGUUGCCACGACAACCAUAGAGGUCAUGGCCAUAGUAUUCUGCUGCUUCCUCAUGCUGACCCUGGCAGGGGGUGUGGCCUGUGUGAUGAGGAUGCUCAACCGCCAAAGAGGUGGGUGUGUGUUCAGAAUAUGGUCAUUGUUCUUAAAUGUGUCACUCUCAGUCUUUCGUUCUUUCCUUCUCUCUCUUCCUUCCCCCUCUCUCUCAGACAUUGUUGCAAGCAGCGAGCAGAGAGCGAGAGCAGCAAAUGAAAGACGAUUCAGCGAACAUUUCUGCAUCAUUCCAGAUCCACUUCCUCUGUCUGACAUCACUACCAGGUCAGGGGUCAAGCAAGUGGACACUUCCUGUGUUGGCAGUGACGUUGAGAAUCAGACCCUUGAGAUCACAAUAUAACCGACGUGAUGAAAUAAAACCCAACUUUAGACCGAGUUCCUCACAAAAUGAUCCUUCAAUGUCAUUUUAUCCAACAAACUAUUAUAACGUUUUUUUCAAACACUUCAGCCCAUUUUUCAGAUUGAAGUGUUAUAUUUUCAAAACUCUUACAACAAAACUCAUAUUGAUUGCAGUACUCGCGGGGGUAAUACACUCGACCACUGUUACUCUAACUUCCGUGAUGCAUACAAAGCCCUCCCCCGCCACCCCUUCGGCAAAUCCGACCACGGCGCCAUCUUGCUCCUACCGUCUUAUAGGUAGAAACUCAAACAGGAUGUACCAGUGACUAGAACCAUUCAACGCUGGUCUGACCAAUCAGAACCGAUUCUUCAAGAUUGUUUGAUCAUGCAGACUGGGAUAUGUUCCGGUCAGCCUCAGAGAACAACAUCGAUCUAUACGCUGACUCUGUGAGUGAGUUUAUAAGGAAGUGCAUUGGAGAUGUUGUACCCACUGUGCAUAUUAAAACCUACCCUAACCAGAAACCAAGGAUGGAUGGCGGCAUUUGUGCAAAACUGAAAGCGCGAACCACCACAUUUAACCAUAGAAAGAGGUCUGGGAAUAUGGCUGAAUAUAAACAAUGUAGUUAUUCCCUCCGCAAUGCAAUCAAACAAGCGAAAUGCCGGUACAGGGACAAAGAUGAGUUGCAAUUCAACGGCUCAGACAGAAGACGGGUGUGGCAGGGCCUACAGGAAAUCAUGGACUACAAAAAAAAAACCAGCGCUGUCACGGGCACCGACGUCAUGCUUCCAGACAAACUGAACACCUUCUUUGCCCGCUUUGAGGAUAUACAGUGCCAACGUUGAGGCCCGCUAUCAAGGACUGAGCCCCCCCUUUCUUUCUCUGUGGCCGACGUGAGUAAAACUUUUAAACGUAUUAACCCUGCUGGCCCAGACGGCAUCCUUAGCCGCGUCCUCAGAGCAUGUGUCCUCAGAGCAUGUGUCCUCAGAGCAUGUGUCCUCAGAGCAUGUGUCCUCAGAGCAUGUGCCCUCAGAGCAUGUGCCCUCAGAGCAUGUGCCCUCAGAGCAUGUGCCCUCAGAGCAUGUGCCCUCAGAGCAUGUGCAGACCAGCUGGCUGGUGUGUUUACCGACAUAUUCAAUUGCUACCUGUCCCAGUCUGCUGUCCCCACAUGCUUCAAGAUGGCCAACAUUGUUCCUGUACCCAAGAAGGCAAAGAUAACUGAACAAAAUGACUACUGCUCCGUAGCACUCACUUCUGUCAUCAUGACGUGCUGAGAGACUAGUCAAGGAUCAUAUCACCUCCACCUUACCGGCCACCCUAGAGCCAAUUCAGUUUGCAUACCGCCCCAACAGGUCCACAGACGAUGCAAUUGCCAUCACACUGCACACUGCCCUAUCCCAUCUGAACAAGAGGAAUACAUGUGUAAGAAUGCUGUUCAUUGACUACAGCUUAGCAUUCAACACCAUAGUACCAUCCAAGCUCAUCAUCAAGCUGGAGGCCCUGGGUCUCAACCCCUGUGCAAUUGGGUCCUGGACAUUCUGACGGGCUUCCCCCAGGUGGUGAAGGUAGGAAACAACAUCUCCACUUCGCUGACCGUCUUACGGGAACUCGGAGAGUAGUGUCAGGAAAACAACUUCUCACUCAACGUCAACAAAACAAAGGAGAUGAUCGUGGACUUCAGGAAACAGCAGAGGGAGCACCCCACUAUCCACAUCGAAAGGACAGCAGUGGAGAAGGUGGAAAGUUUUAAGUUCCUCGGCGUACACAUCACAGACAAACUGAAAUGGUCCACCCACACAGACAGCGUGGUGAAGAAAGCGCAACAGCAUCUCUGAAGAAAUUUGGCUUGUCAUCCAACACCCUGACAAACUUUUACAGAUACACAAUUGAGAGCAUCCUGUCGGGCUGUAUCACCGCCUGGUACGGCAACUACACCGUCCUCAACCGCAAGGCUCUCCAGAGGGUAGUGAUGUCUGCACAACUCAUCACCGGGGGCAAACUACCUGCCCUCCAGGACUCCUACAGCGCCCAAUGUCACAGGAAGGCCACAAAGAUCAUCAAGGACAUCAACCCCCUGAGCCACUGCCUGUUCACCCUGCUAUCAUCCAGAAGGCGAGGUCAGUACAGGUGCAUUAAAGCUGGGACCGAGAGACUGAAAAACAGCUUCUAUCUCAAGCCCAUCAGACUGCUAAACAGCAAUGACUAACUCAGAGAGGCCGCUGCCUACAUUGAGACCCAAUCACUGGCCACUUUAACAAUGGAUCACGAGCCACUUUAAAUAAUGGCAGUUUAAUGUUUACAUAUCUUCCAUUACUCAUAUCACAUGUAUAUACUGUAUUUUAUACCACCUACUGCGCCUUGCCUCUGCCGCUCGGCCAUCGCUCAUCCACAAUGUAUAUGUACAUAUUCUCAUUCCCCCCUUUAGAUGUGUGUGUAUUAGGUAGUUGUUGGGGAAUUGUUAGAUUACUUGUUAGAUAUUACUGCACUGUCGGAACUAGAAGCACAAGCAUUUCGCUACACUCGCAUUAACAUCUGCUAACCAUGUGCAUGUGACCAAUAAAAUUUGAUCUGACUCAUACA